GGACCGCAGGCGGCGCGAGCUCCCGGCAGCGCGAGCGCUUAUUAUUUUCUGCAUGAACAGUGUGAAAAACUGGGCAUCAUGGCAGUCAAUGAGCUGAAGAGCUACACUGAGAGUAAAAAGUGUAUCUUGAAGAAGCACCACUUCAGAGACAGCAAGCUCGUGAUUGAUGGAUGCAAUUUAUACCACACUGUUUACUUCGCCUCUCACUUGGAUCAAGAACACGGCGGAGAAUAUGAAGGUUUUGAGAAAGCGGUGAGCUGUUUCUUUAGGAACCUCAGAGAAUGCGCCAUUAAGCCUUACGUUGUGCUCAGUGGAGAGGAUGAGAUCAGUGACAAAACGUUUGGCGCCCUGAAGAAACGAGCUGACAUCAGAAUCAAAAAGGCUCAUUCCUUGUCCAGAGGGUGUCCCCGAAACGUCCUACCAAUCCUCAUCAAAACUGUGUUCAUUCAGCUCCUCAGGAAGCUCAAGGUGCCAUUUAUUCAGUGUGUUGCCAAGGCUGACUGGGAGGCCGCAGCUUUGGCCAACGAGUGGAACUGCCCGGUUCUGUCCAACAACACUGACUUCUACAUAUAUGACAUCAAGGGAGGGUUUUUACCCCUUUAUUGUUUCCAGUGGAGGAACGUGAUGCUGACUAAGAGGUCUGACAAAAAAUUCAUUCCCGCCAAACUGUUUUCAGUUGAAAAACUUUGUGGCACUUUCAGCUGCAUGAACAAACAACUUCUCCCUAUUUUGGCCACCAUCUUGGGCAUCAACAACACUGACCUGGACAGAGGAAUGUUUCCAAAUUGGGCGGAGUUCUCAGUUAGUGCUGAAGAGAUCAGGUAUGUUGAUGGCUUGCUCAAGUGGCUGUCCGGCUUUGAGGGCCCAGUAGAGGCCAUUUGUGCCCUCAUGGGCUGCCUCACAAACUCAGAUGAUUCGGCUACUGUCAUCAAAGCUCUCACUGAAGGACUUCAGGUCUACAGCCUCGCUCCAAGCUCCAUAGCUAAGUUCUUCAUAAGCGAGAAACCACAGAGCAGGCUUCCAGGUCCUUUACAGAGCCUGCCGGAAUGGACCCUCGAGCCUUUGGCCAAGGGCAAGCUCAACUCCAUGAUCACUGAUGUCCUAGCAAUGCAGAAGAUCAUUCUAAACAUUUCUGUUGAGAAUUUUCAGCUCUGCAGCAGCAAUCUGACCUCCCAGCCCAUACGACAGGUCAUUUAUGGCUUACUGCUGUGCACCAGGCAGAAAAAUGGCAGUGGGGACGACUCACCUGAAGCAGAGGUAGAGGAGUAUGACCGGGAGGGGCUAAAGCUAACCAGCUCCAGGGUUGCAGCAGUCCUUCCAAGCCUGACCAUUCCAGACCUUCACCUGGACACACUGUGGGAGACAUCCUGGCAUUUGCGGCUCCGGAUUUUCUUGGACACUUUGGGCGUUUUGCAAGUACCUGAGCGGCUCCUCGUCCUUCCCAGCCUGCAGCUGGCUGUGUACGUCACAUGCUACUGGCUGAAGCACGCCCAGCCUGAGCCCAAACCAGAAUUCUUCUGGGCCUUGCUGGUCGGCCUGGUGUACGGAGAGCUGUCCAGAGAUCCACUUACAGAGAAAGAGCUGCCAAAAAGGCUGAGGAACCUGAAAAGCCGUAAAGAGGAGACUCCUCUGGACCUGGAGGCAGCUCACGCUUACAGUCAGUGGCAGGGCAGUCUGAGGGACAGUAUCUGCCUCAACCAGCUGCUGAACAAUCCAGUGCCUGAACCAGAAUACGCACGGUUGUACAGUGGGGUGCUGGUACACGGCGUAACCCGGGAGCUGAAGAGGGGCAUCACUACAGAAUCCCUGCUGGCCAGAGCCCCUUGCGCUCGGCAGCUCUACCAGCAACUGAGGGAAGCCGUGGAGCUCGAGCUGGACGAUGACAUGAAGACGAGGCUCAGAGCGGGCAGAGAGAGGCCAAGCGACAGUCCAGCGGGCAAGAAGUGUGCAGACGACCUGAGCACCAUGUUUGAGCAUCUGAUGGACAAAGAAGAGGAGGAUGAUGAAGAUCCACGUGGGAGAAGGAAGAAGAGCGAGGGCAGUAAACAUGAGGACGAGAUGUACGAACAGACCUGCAGCAUUCGCACCAGACACAGGAGCAGGUCUCACAAAACAAACCCCAGAUCCAAGAAAUACGAGAACUCCUGCUGGGAAUGAAAUCUGGAGGCCAGCCAGGAGGAGUCACCUGUCCCAAACUGACUGACUGACCAAUGAGAAACCAGUUUGCUUUUGUUGUGCACUACUCACUUCAACAUAUGAAAUAUUUCUAUCGCUACAGCUCUGAUGUUAAUCAAUCAUGUGUUUUUAAUUCAUAUAUUCGACUAAAUUGCACUUUAAGGAUGUACAUUAAGCUAAAUCAUGUAUAAAUCUAUAAAUAUUUACAUUUUUAUAAGUGUUAUUAUUAGUAAAUUAUUUGAUGAUUCUCUCAAUGUAGUAUUACUUAUGGUGUCAGUGUUUUACCAAGAGUUAUUACUGUUUUCAUGAUCACUAUGCAAUAAAGUCUGUGGCAUUUAUGAGACAAACUAUCAUAGCGAUGCAACUUACUGUUGUUUUCAAAUGUCUCAAAUUUUAAAACAAAUAAUUGGUUCUGUUUGACCCUGUGGAUAUAUGAACUCAUCUUAGUAUUUGUUUAAUUAAAAAAUAAAAAAAUAAAAUAAAUUGUGCAAUUUUGUCUAAACCAAAUAGCUUCUGAAGAUCUGCAGGCUGGGCUGUGCUCUGCCGUGUGUUUGGACAUUUAUAAAGAUCCAUAACUGUUUACCAGUGACCACAACUACUGGACUACUAGAGCUCGGCCUUCGGUUCAAGUCGUAAAUGUCAACACUCACCUCUAAAACAAUGCUAUUCACAAUACAUAUGUUUGAAUGUUCUAGAUUAAACACAGACAUUUGAAGUUUGUAAAAGACAUUUAAUAUAUUUUAUCAGAACUUUGUAACAGAUAUCAUAUA